AUGGAUGAUGGCGACGUCGUCCCGUCGACAUCGUACGCGACAUCGCGCCGGGUAGAUGAAGCUGCCGAUAAUAUGCAAUUAGGUUGAAUGAUUUCACAGAAAAGUAAAAACAAAAUAAGGAUUACUUUCUAGAUUUGGCGUUAGUUGUACAUCAAUGGCUGGAAGCGGGACCGUUUCGAGAGGCGGCGGACGCCCUGAAACGGGCCAUCGAGAGGAACUUGGUUAUUUCUUCGGCUUUUAACUGAAUUAUUUUAUGCGUUCAAAAUCAUUUUUGUGCUUUUUUCAGACUUGUCCGAGACGGACCGAUUAUCAAGGAAGGUCGCAUCCGAGGACUUUGGAGCAAUAUGUGAGUUAUUCAUGGGCUUCCUUGGGAACGCCAUAGAGGCCCCUAUAGGGGUAACCUUGGAAGGCUCCUCACUAGAUAAUGCCGUCCCCUAAAGAGGUCACUAAGGCUUGCAAAAGUGGCCACUCUAGGGAAGCAGGCUAGUGAUCUCUAUACGUCUUUUCAACUUCCAAAUGCCAACGAAAAAAUCAAAGAACCGCUAAAGUGAUCAAUUUAGCUUUAGGCUUGUCAAAUUUCAACGGCCUAGAGAGUACUAUUUUGUCCCUAUAAGGGCUGUUUUCCCCUAACCUCUCUAGGGGCCACUAGUUUCACUUUUCAGCUAGGUUUUGGUAAAAAAAAAACCUUUUUCUUGUCAUUUCCUUUAAACUUUCCAGGGGCCUUGAAGUUUUGAUUUGUUUUCCAGAUUUUUGAAAUUUUAAAAGUUCCUUUUCAUUUUUUCCAGCUUAUUUUGGGAGAGAAAAUAAAUUUUUUUGUCAAUUUUCUAUGCAAUUUUCAGGUCAUUUUUCCAUUUUUCGCAUUAGUUUUCAGAAGAAAUCGUCAUUUUUGUCAUUUUUUUUUAAAAUUUUCAGGUCAUUUAUAUUCUCACAGCCAGUUUUUUUAGGAGAAAAAAAGAAUGGUCCAAUGUCAUUAUUUUUCAAUUUUUCAGGUCGAGGCCUUCAAAAACGAUCUCAAUUCUCCAACUCCGCUGCUUCCGAAAAUUUUGCGAAGAACUUUCGAACUAUCUAAUAUCGUCGUCCCGCCUUCGCUGCCCGACUUGCCCUUCAGUGUCUUCAAUAACUUCAGAAAUUCUUUGAUUCGGACCAAUGGUCAGCUCAAAAGUAUCAUUUUAAUCCCUAAUUUCGAAAUAUCUUGAAGAAAGUACGAUCCAGAAAAGUUUCGUGAUGAGAGACGUCCGCAGGAAGACGACGUUGCGGGGGAGUCAGGCCGAAAAUUUGUGAUUUUUUUCAUGAUUAUUUGGAUCAAAUUCUGUUUUUAUGGUUCUUAAAUGGAAUUUUAGCUUUUUUUUUUAUCCCUGAGUUCUAUUCAAUUUGAAGUGAAAAUGACCAAAAAAACUUGUAUCAAAAAAAUUUAUUUUUAUGGAUUUUUUUGAUGAUAAUUCCGGUGAAGGAAAAGAAGAAGUUGAAGAUUUCGGUCAAAUCCCGUUUUUUAUAUGGUUGGAACGAUAGGUUUUGAAGUUUUCGAACGGAAUUUUUAGAUUUUUUCCCUCGAACUUUAUUUUAUGAUGAAAUAUUAGGCUGCGAUGACUGAAAUUGAGGGGAAAUUUUUUUCGAAAACAUUCUAUUUAUCGACUUUUUUAACCCCUUUUUCAUUCGUUUACAUGCAUUUUAAGCUGAAACUGUCGACGUUUUCAUUUAAAAAUCCUAUUUUGCCGAUGAUUUUGGUAAUAUUUUUUCUUUUUUCAUGGUCAUUUUUCGGAAUCUUAAUUUUUUUUGUCUUUCUUUUCAGAGCUUUAACAAUUUUUCGAGCUAAAUUCUUCUCUCAGAAAAUAUAAAUGGAUUUUGCAGUUACCUUUCCGGCCGAGAACUUGGUUGGAAAGUAAAACAAGGGCGGCCGAACAUUUUCGAAGAUUUGAAACGACAUUUCUGCAUCUGCGGCCACGGCAACGACGUCUAUUGUGUUUCUUUCGACCGUACUGGCAGAUAUAUUAUUACGGUGGGUUACUGUAGGAAUAUAAAGUUAGGUUUGUUCAGAAAAAACCGUGAAAAUUUCAGGAAAACAGCACAAAAAAAACCUUUAAAAAUUUUUGGUCAUUUUUUUUCGAGAUUUUCAAAAUUUUUCACGGGUUUACUGCAGAUGUUUAUUAAUCAAAAUAUGUAUUUUGAUGAAUAUGAUCAAGUUUUACAAAAAUUCUUCAUUUUUUCCAGGGAUCUGACGACAAUUUGGUCAAAAUUUGGGAUUCGAGUACGGGUUUCUUGCGUUUCACCUUGCGGGGCUUCAAAUGCGAAGUUUCCGACAUUUGCGUUUCUUAUUGUAAUCAGAUGAUUGCUGCUGGAAGUGUGGAUAAAACUGUCAGGUUGGUAUCAAAUGAAUGAAAAUGGCAAAAGGACGCAUUUUUGUGGGGCAAAAUGAACAGAAAAACCGCAAAAAGACGGAAUUUUCAGUUCGAAAUGAAAAAACGAGGCGAAAAGGCAGAUUUUUGGGCAAAAUGAAGAUAAAAGCGCCAGAUUGGGGGAAAAAAAUUCGAAUUUUUUUCCUCUUUUUUUGAAAUUUUUUUCUUUCAAAUCUUUUUUUCUAUCUUUUUUUCGUAGCCUGGUCGUGAAUACAAAGAAAAAAAGAAAUUAACUUUUUCUAAGUAAUUCCUCAUAAAAUAGGUUAAAAAAACUAUGCAAGAUUCAUCUCGAGAUCAUUGAUAUGAUAAUACAUUUUCAUGAAAAUUUUGCGGACGAUUAAAAAUAAAUGGUAGCUUUUUAUUUUCUUUCGCUGAUUUUACAAAAAAAAUGUAUACUAAUUUAUUUUGACUCGAUAUCGAUUGAUUUAUUUUCAAUUCGUGGCCAUAUAUGGGAAAACCGUUUUUUUUUGCCGCCGACCCCUCCUCUCAAAUUUUCCUAGUUAAAAGAUAUUAAAACCUGUCGGAGGCUAAAAAUUGUAAUAUUAUGACUAAAUCCGACUUUAAGGUCCAAACUUGAUUUUUCUCUUUAUUUUCCGAAACAAUUCGAUCCAACCCCUCCUCCCGGGCUGAUUGUACUUACACAUCUAUCUCUGAGACUUUGCAGGGUCUGGUCCCUGCAGAACGGCGCCCUUCUGCGCACCUGCAAAAGCCACACGGCCUCGGUGGUCUGCGUCAAGUUCCUGCCCUACGUCCCCUCGGAAAAAUGUCAGCAGAAACGGCGAUUCCUGGUUUCCUGUGGAUACGAUUGCCAAGUCAUCUUCCGGGCCUACGAUGAGGAUUCCCUCGUUUUUAGGUUAUUUUUCUGAGUUUUUGAGAGGAAAUUCACUAAAUGACCUUGAAAAGCAAGUCCGGAAGGUUUAGGAAUGGCUUCUGGACUGAUACGAAAUAAAAAAAAAUAAAAGAAGUAUAAGCUUAUUCGAAAAAUUCCUAUAUUUUUGUUUCCAAGGAGAAUAAUCCGUCAAAGUCCUGAAGAUUAAAUCAAAAAUUGAACAAAACGCCUUAUUUUUGUGUCAUAAGUUUACGUUUCUUUUUCAUUGCUUUUUUUUUCGGUGUUUUUAACGAUUUUCUGAAAAAAAAAAUGAAAUUUUUUUUUAAUUUCAAAAAAAGGUUUUUGAAGAUUACAACUUGUAUAAUACAAGGCUAUUUUUAAUUGAGGAAUUUUCAGGCCUGGAGAUAUUUGUAUAUUUUUCGGAACGAGAUUGUCCCAGAGUGAAGAUGAUCUCCUUGUGUCACAGGUCAGAAUGACCUUUUUUAAAGUUUUUAUCCGCAUUUAUCAAUUUUUUUUAGUUCGUUUUUCUUUCAAAUAAUUUUUUUUCGUCAUUUAAAAAUUCAGCCGAUGCGGUCAAAUCAUCGUCUGCGGUGACAAUCGAGGAAAUUUGAAGAUUUUCCGAAUUUUCGAACAUCGAGGCGUUGAAAAGACCCAAGAAGUGAUGGGCGCUCAUUUGGUAGUUUUUUCAGGAAUUUUUUAAAUAAAUAUUGUAUUUUUUUAAUGAACUUUUUUUGAAAUCAAAAUCUCAAAACCCUUGAAUGACCACUGAAGGAAAUGUUUCAGGAGAAAGUAGACAGUUUACACUGGGCCAACUCGGAUAUGAAGUUUCUUUCUGGAAGCGCCGACGGUACAGCCAAAAUUUGGACUUUGUACGGAAAAAAUUGGAUCGCCAAGGAAUUGGAGCUGUCUGAGUAAGUUUUUGACCUGAAAUACCUCAGGAGAAUUGGAAAAUACGGGAUUUUGACCGAAUUUUUCAGCUUUUUCGUUGAUUUUUUGAUGGUUUAAGGGUGAUUUUAGAGAUCUUCUCAGUUUAAAAUGGAACUUAUCGUAUAUCAAUAAGAUUUUGAAAGAGUUGGAAGUGUCCGGAUGCGUUUUGAACAAAAAAGUACAUGGAAACUAUAAUAAGCGAUUUUGAUAAAAAAAAAUUGAGCUUUUUUGUGAAUUUUAGAUUUUUAUCAGUAAUUAUAAGGAAUUUUCCUGUUAAACAUAUUUUUUGUUCCGAUCAUCUCAGAAAUGUUCAGAAAGUCUAUAUCAUAGGCAAAGUCGGAAGGACCCUUCACGGGCCCUUUGAGCGUCCGUUACGGAUCCGUCUGUUUCCGGAAAUUGUUCCUAAACGGUUUCCUUUUUUCUGCCUUUUUGCGUCCUUUCAUCGGCCUUCAUCCACCCUUUUUGGACCCUUUUGAGAAAUACAAUUUUUUUAAAAUUGAGAAUAAUCUUUACAAGUGACUGCGUAUGAACCGAAAUAAGCUACAGUAAUAACAUCGGAAAUCAUCAAUAACAGAGACUUUCAGAACCUUUUUGAACCCCCACUCUUUCUUCACCCUUUUCGCGGCCUCUCCCUUUUUUCGCCCUUUUAUGACCCUUUUUAACCCACCAAAAAUGAAAGGCUCAAUAAAGGCCGUAAAAAGGGACCCUUUUAGCGGCCAUUUUGCAGUCACUCCCUUUUUGCACCCGUUUUCCGCACUUCUGACUUUGGCAGUGAUACAAUAUUUGAAACGGGAAGUAGGGGAACCAAUAAAAAAUGAGAAAAACGAUGGAUUUUCAUAUUUUAGCGUUACGGAAGUUUGAUUCUCUAUUCAACGGAAAAAAAAGUUUUUUUAUUUAGAAAAAAAAAAGCUUUUUCUUUUUUUUUUCUUGAUAAGAUUGUCUUUUGAAGAAAAGAACUGGAAUUGGCGGCGAAAGAGCACGCCAGCCACUAUCCGAUCAAUACCGCGCAUCUGCCUCGACAUAAGUUCAAAUAUAAGGUUUAUAAUAUUUUUCAAUUAUCAAAAAAAUCAAUAUUUAUACUAGUUUAGGUGACAAUAUUGUGUUGGACCCUCGACGACCAGUACGUCGUGACGGCCGGGAGCGACUUUUUGUGUGGGUUUUUGACCAUUUUAUCGAAAAAAUCUAUUUUUUCUUGGUUUUGGAGGUCAAAAAAAAUUUACAAUGUUUAGAUGAAUACGAAAAAAAAUUUCCUAGCUUUUCCGACACUAACAAGUUCAAAAAAGUUGUUCAAAGGUUUUCCACGGAUAAAAUCAUAUAUUUUGAGAGUCGUUUUUUUGUAGGUUUUUGACCAAUUUUUUGAAGAAAAUAUAAAGUUUUUUGAAUCGAAGGUUAACAUGAAGUUGGAUUUUUUUUAAAGUUUAGGAAUCGUUUUAAAGAGAAUUUGAAUGAUUUUGAUCUAAAAGUUUGGAAGUGACUUUUUAACAUUUUCUUGGGAAAAUGUUGUUCUUUUUUGACCCUUGAAUUUAUUAGAGAAACAAAAAAGUUAAGAUUUCUUACCAAUCCAAAAAAAAUUCAAGGGAUUCAACAAGUAAAAUCAAACAUUUCGAUGUUUUUGAAGUGACUUUUGUGACGUUUUUUUCGUCUAUUAUCUUGAUAAAUGUGUGCUUUUACGGCUCUAGAACUGAUUAAUAAGUUGAAAAUAUUUAGACUCAGGAGGUCUUUAGGAAAUUAAGAGGAUUCGAAAAUCAAAGAAAAUUUUUAUAUUUUUGAAUUUUUUUGUCAGGUUUUUGAACGAUUUUUUUGGGAGCAAAAAAAUCAGUUUAUUUAAAAGCAAAUUUUAACAAAGCAAUUCCAAAAAUAUUUUUACCUUCCUUUUUUUUGAGUUUUUGUUAAUUGAAAUUAUCAUGUCUUUUCCGAGUUUUUGAAGAAAAAUAUUUUUCAAUUUUAUCAGAUAUAUCAAUAAAUUUGGAUAUUGGAUGUUUUUGUAAGGAAAAAUUCAUCAGGAUUUUCUUUUUUUCAGUGCGCGUUUGGGAUUGGAAAACCAGGAAGCAAGUCCGAAAGUACAAACUACAUACAAAUGAGUGUUAUACGUUGGAAGCUCAUCCGGUGUGUCCCGAACUGGUUGUCAGCUGCGGACACGAUGGAAUCAUAGCGGUAGGUUUGAGAAAAAUUUGAGAUAAAGAAGUUUAUUUUCGAUUUUUAUACUUUUUAGAGUUUUUCGUCUUUUUUUUUGUUAUUUCAUGGAAUAAAAAAGUUGAAAAAAGAGUAUAUCCUCGUUUUCUCUGACUUUUGUGAAUUUUCUUGCGUUUUUCUGACAUCUUAUUAUACAAAUCGGAAAAUUACAUGAAAAAAAAAAAAAAUGAAUUUACUCUGUUUCUCUGGCGUCUCUUUCAACCGUCGUUGUUCUCUAGCUUCUCCCGGGCUCAUUUCCUUUUUUUUUUGAGCCUUCUAAGUUUUGCUUGUUCACUUUUUUUUUUCUCAAAGACCAUCUUAGGUAUGGAACCUGAGUUCGGAGCAAGAUACCCCGGCCUGGAAAACCUCGAAUACGGUCAAAAAUCGCGGAGUGAUGGCCCUUUUCGAUAUGUCGAUCCGGGAAGAUGGAUCCGCCCUUGCCGUGGUGGAUGCGUAUGGACAGGUAUCUGCCAAAAUUAAAAGAAUUUAGGAAAAAUAUUCAAUUCAGCUCUCAAUGUUCGCUUUGGGUGUUGAUGAUGAAGUGAAAAAGCCACCGAAACAGCAGUUUUUCACCACUGACUACAAGUGCGUUUUAUCAGAAACAAAAAGAAUUAUACAAGAGGAAGAACUACUGAAAAAGCUUGAAAUUAAAUCGAGAAGUUAUUUUCAAAUAUAGCGGAAGGCUUCUUGAACUUUUCAAAAAACAACAAGUCCCAUUUGAUCAAGUUUUCAAAAUAAGUUCCAAGCUCCAUAUAAGUUUGAAAUGAUUUCUUUUCACAACCUAAACGUUUAUGAAAGGAUUUCAAUAGUGGCUUGAAAAAAAAGACAUUGAAACAGUGAAAAUCGAAGAUUUUUCUAACAUCUUCUGAUAAAAAAACAGGGGAGAUUAAAGGGAAAAAAAGAAAGAAUAUUGAAUUUGGAAAAAAAUAUUGAAAUUCUUUUUUUCGAAGAGUUUCUGUCAGUUAUUGAAGGUUUUUUUGACUGAAGAUUUUCAAUAAUUUGAAUAAAUUCUGUAGGUUUUUUUCAAAAUUUAUUCUUCGAUUUUCACAAGCAACUCAACAAGAGCAGUUUCGUUGACCUUCUUUCUUCAAGAAACGGAUGAAAGUGUUUCCAAUCAUUUCAGUCCCUGCACCCAAGACGAGGACGGCAAAGUCGUGGACACGAUCAGCGGACUGCCGCCCCAUCUGAUGCCGCCCCCUCUGUUGAGAAACAUCGACGAGAAUCUCUACGAACCCGACAUCCAACGCAAAGUUCCCGGAAGAGAGCAUCUCAAGGUUUUCCGGGCAGAUUUCAGAGAAUAAGUCUUUAUUGAAAUCAAGAAUGAAGAAGUGAUGGUGGUCGGACUGGGAAAGUGUCCGUGGCUGGAUCGAGAAAUCUGUCCGAAACUUUGCCAAGGCGAGCUGACCACCUGGAUGGAGGUGAGAAGUCGAUUCUAAUUCAUUUUUGGGAGUUUCAGCUUCUUUUUGAAGUAUUUUUCGAGGGAAGUUUGAAAAAAAGGAAACGUGGAUUUUUUUAAUUUUCAUAUAAUUUGACAGUUUCCGGCUACUUGGAAAUGGUUGAUGAAAUUUUUUUGAAAGAACGUUUGAAAAAAACUACUAUUUUUCGUUGAUUUUUUUAUAAUUUCAAGUUUUUUUCAAAUUUCGCUGUCAAUUUUUUUCUAACAACAAAGGUUGUAAAAGAAAACUUUUUUUCAGUUUUUUCCAAUAGAAACAAUUUGAUUUUUUUGAAAAAAAAAUUUUUUUGCAUUAUUCGAACUUCGCGUUAAAUUCAUAAAUUCAAGAAAAAAAUAGUCCUGAAAAAUUUUUUUGUGCCUUUUUUUCUAUUCUCCUAUUUAUUAUAAAUUCUAAAAAUUUUUUUCUUUGCAUGAUAAUAACUUUAUAAUAUUCUUAUAGUAUAGUUAUCGUUCAGGAAAUGGUGCUGAAAAGCAAAGAAGAAGAAAGAGAAUACGAAAAAGAGAUGCGGAGAGUCAUAAAGGCGGAAGAGGAGCCGAUCGUGAUGGCCAGCGACUUGCAAAGGUCCAGGAACUCGAGGGCCAGGGCUAGAAUCGCCUCGGCUGCUGGAUAUGGUGCGUUUUUGAGGAAAACAUCCGCGAAACAAUGAGAGAAGGCGUUCCAGUUCAUACAGAUUGUCUUGCAGCCGGAAUCCAAGCUCCGGUGAGAAGAAGAGCCGCCACGACGGCUCUGAUGACGUUGGACGAGGCGAUCGCCGAACAGGACGCCAGAAGGGCGCAGGCCAUCAACGACGGCUACAGGAGCUCCGAGGACUCCUCCUAUUCGUUAGUGCUCAUUUACACGUUUUGAGUCUUCGAAAAAGGAUCUCUUCUGAAUCAGGGGAUAAUUGAAGAGUUGUUCGUUUUCGAAAAAUAAAAUCGUUUAAAAAGCCGGAAAACAGUCUUUUUUCAACGGAUUACUGAGAUAAAAGAAAUAUGUAUUCCAUCGGAAGUUCAAAAUAUUUUGAACUUUUACAAGAAUUUUCCGAAUGAGAUUGAGGUUACGAGAAAAGUUCAAGAGUAUCAGAAAAAAGAGGCUCAGUUUUAGUUUUUAUCAAGCAGCUAUGAGGCGAGUAGACAAUUGUAGAAACAGAAAGUGCGUUUUUUUUUUUCCUGAGAUUUUGGAUGGGUUCAGGAGCCUAGAGAAGUUUGAGCGAAGAAAAAGCUUUAAAAUAAAAGCUGUUAUAGUUUUUGCGCUACAAUUCAAUCUCAACCCAAAUCCUCAACCCUUGUCAUCCGAAAAAAAAGAACUUUUUCAGCGGCUCCUCAGGUGCUCCAUCGGAAGAGGAAGCCGAAGACUCGGACCCCACGACCGAUUCCGACUUUUCCCUCGGAAGACGUGACGAAAGAACGAGAAGAGCGGAGAACGUACAGAGACCAAAGACCUCAAGGGGAAAGCUGAAGAUUCAGGCAAGCAGUCAGGAGACGGUGGUGACGACGGCGUCUGGACGACGUGUUCAGCGACGACGGCUUCAGGAAGAAGAGACUUCGAGUCCCCAGAGGAGGCAUUCCAGAAGACGGGCUGUUGUAAGGAAAUUUCUUUUUUUUUUCAUUCAUCUUGUCUUGGGUUUAUAAGAAAUCGUUUUUUAAAACUUGUUUGGGAUCGAAAAAGUUCUUUUUUGCUUUGCGUGUUUCUCUUCAACACAAGUUUCACAAUUUAGUUAUAAGAAUUUGAAGAUUUUCAGAAAAAAGCUUCAUAUUUCAUACAAUAUCUUCCACAAGCUAAAAAUGGUCUAGAAAAUCGGCAAAAAAUCGAAAAUAAUCACUGAAGUUCAAAACUUAUUUCCAUAGGUGGCACCAGCUGAAGACGAUGCUUCGGGAAUCUCUGCCGAAGACGAGCCGACGUCGUCUGCCUCGACCUCCAGAAGACGUGCGCAAGUCAACGCGAAUCAAAGAAUCGCGACGGCUUCAGCCGGAGAGGAGGAAGAAGAACAGCCGGGACCUUCGACGGCUCAAGUUGCCAGGCCAAGACCGCCCGUCAGAAAAGUCAAAGGUGAAUAUAGAGAGCAUAGCGAGUUUCGCGGGAAUUUCACGUCCAAAAAAUAAGAGAAACUGCAAAAAAUAAGCUGGCAGAAAGGAAGUGAAUUGCGAAAAUCUGGAAUUUAAAACUAAAAAGUUAAUCUCAUAUGGGUCUUCUGAAAAUGCAACAUGAAGUGGCGGGUAAACAAAAAAAGUUGGAAAAAAAUAAACUUUCAUCUCCGACGGCUACUUUUUUUAGAAAUAAGAAAACAAUGGUUUUUUUAAGAAUUGAAUUUUUCCUUCGAAAAAUUUUUUUCAUAUUUAAUCCAGACACUUGGCGCACGACGUUCCCGCAAUGGAUGCAGAUGACCAAGCCGAGAAGAUUCCCCUAUUUCGCUCAAUUGGGCGACCGGGUCGUCUAUUUCCGGCAGGGCCAUGAAGCCUACCUGGCAAACGUGGAAAGGGCCAAACUUUAUGCCGUCACUCAUAAAAUGAGACCGACGUGAGAUCUUACAAUACAAUAUUUAUUGGUUGUUUUAGUCAGAUGUUAUCGACUAGGCGGUGAAAAAAUUGCUCUUUUGAGCGGCACUAACACCGCCUUUGGCGAAAAAGAAGUCAAAACGUGUAGUCGAUUGAAUGGAAAGCAUGAUCUUACGGUCCUUCGCCUCGUUCUUCCACAAGUUGAUCCCUCAGUUUCGCGGGUACGGGCACGGCGGUGAUGGUGGGGCUCGGGCACGGACGCCGUGUACACUCUAGGGUAGCCUCGGCCGACUGAGAGAGCUACCACUUCGAGUGAAGAAAAUACACGGAAUUCUUCAAUCAUUUGUUCGCGUUUGGAAUGGCUUGAAGCGCUGCGGCUGCGUGGCGUGUUUGAACAUUGGAGCUUGCCUCUAGAGUGUUUUGUGGCUUAAAUUAAGCUCCAAAUUAUUGAAAAAACUGGAAAGUAAAGUACAAGCGCUCGCCUGAAAGUUUGAUUUUGAAUACUUGUGGAUAUUGAAUUGUUUCAGGGAAGAAAGAACGGCCGAAGAGUUUUGUGUUGUGGAGGAACUGCGAUAUGUGAGUAAACCGUACCGAUUGACGUCGGUCCGUCUGGCCCAACUGGAUCACUCCGAUCAGAGGACCGGCGUCACCUGGACCGUCAAGUGAGGAAACCAGUUCGAAAAGGGAAAAUAAUAGACACUGAAGUAAAUUAAUUUUUCGUCAUAACUGUGUGCUUCUUUUUGUGAAGUCUUUUCAAAGUGUGAAACUUUAAAGUUACUGCUCUCAUGCUGAUGAGCGUAGACCAGUCGGGACAAACAAGGGCUUUCAGCGGGCGCGCCCGUAUUGAACCCCGUAUAAGCACAGCUGGUCGAACUUUUGGCAAUUUAACCACAACUGAAGCCCCGUUUUGGCACAGUUGAGUCUCAGACUUUUGAAAUAAACACUGAGUCACUUAUUUAUUCUCAAGCCCGCUUUCCUCCCGUUUCAGCACGACUGAGACAAAAAUAGCCUCAAAAAUACGACCCGUAGAGACAACUGACUAGCAUGACUACCAUCAGAGCUGAACAACUAUAAAUCCACUGGUGCAAGAUCCUUCCACAGAUUCCACGACCUCGAGAACUCGCCGGAUUUCAUCGUCCCUCUGAAGCUCUACGAACAGUCCAAAGCGCUGGAUUUGGAAGAAGGAGCGGGAAUCGAGGCGAUUAUCGAGGGGAAAUGGUGGACGGGCACUGUCGACGCGGUCACGUCCAGUUCCGACGAGUUUCCCGAGUAAUUUUCAAUAUAUAUUCUGAAAAAAGUGUUGGAAAAAUGGCCGUGAAACAUUAUGAUCAUCACGUUUAUUUUCUUUAGAGAUAAAUUUAAUCUUAAAGUGUAUUAAGAAAUACUAAUUUAAAAAAUCUGUGGAAAAAAUGACGUUGAAACAACUUUUAAUUGUCAAGUUUAUUUUUGCUAGUGAUAAAUUCAGUUAUAAAGAAGAUAUUAGAAAUUAUAAUUUUGAAAAAAAUUAUAGCAAUUUUUUCUGAUUUUUUUACUUGCAUUCUGAUUUUUAAAAAGUAUUUUUCAGGCUUCUAAGCGAUGAAAUACUUCAAAAAAACUCAAGAAAAAUUUGUUAAUUUUUUUAAAAAUAUGUAUGUAUUCUAAUUUAAAGAUAUUUUACAAUGUUUCUUCAGGAAUUUUUCCCUUUUCAUUGUUUUGGAAACAAAAGGAUGUGUUUCAGCUCCUCUUGGUAUUCGGUGAAAAUCAAAUGGGACACUGGAGAAGAUGAUACUUUGUCGCCUUGGGAUCUGCAAACGAGGCAACCGACAAGGAGAUCAGGUAAGGGAGAAGAAAUCGAAAAAAAUAUGGGAAUAACUGAAAAGAGUCCAAGAAGUACGGUGAAGUAAUUUUCAGUAGUGUUAAAACUUUUGGCAAGACCUCCGUAAGUCUUUAUUUUCCUAUAGAAGAAAAAAAAAAUGAAAAGUGGGAGAAAAAUUGUAUUCUACAAUUUAAAAAAAAUUUAUGAGUUAUAUUUUUUGAAACUUCUACAUAGGCAAAGUCGGAAGGACCCUUCGAGGGUCCAUAAAAGACCAUAGAUAUGUUCCUUUUAGGGUGAUGAAGGCUCUCUUUUUGCUGCCUUUUUGCACCAUUCUCUCAGCCCUUGUGCACCAUUUUUGCUGCCUCUCCCUUUCUCCACCAUUUCUCGAGCCUUUAAAGUCCCAGAAAAAUGGAAGGCUCGAGUAAGGGAGUCUCUUUGCUGCCUUUCGCUGCCUUUUUUCUGCCGUUCGCUGCCUUUUUGCUGCCUGUCUGCGGCCUUUUUUGAGCCUCUCCCUUUUAGCAGCCAUUAUACACCAUUCCGACUUUGCCCGAGCACUUGGAAAAUAUGUUUUUGAAAAUUUACGAUUUAUGCGGUCCUUAGGAGCUCGUUUUUCUAAAAGGCAUGGCCACUAACUAAAAAAACUUCGAGUGGCCACAUUUACAAGUUCAAGACCAGAAUAUAUUAAUUGAUUCGUUGCUUUUUAAUUAGACGUUGCGGCGACGGAAGAAGAUGUGAUCGCUUUCGCCGCUUUUGGCAGUUUUGAAGACGAUUGGCCGAUGAAUGAAGAACAGGACCAUCUGGAUAUCGAAGAAAUUAAGCAGGUUUGAGAGUUUACUUGAGAAUUUUUUUGGAGUGUUUUCAUGGGCAAAAUGAGUGAAAAAUUUUUUUUUACUGCUUUUCAAUUCUUUUUAUCAGCCAUGUGGUCAUUUUAUCGAUCUUUUUCGCCGGAUUUGUGCUCGAUCUACUUUUUUUGAGCUUUUAACGUCCUAGAAAAAAUAGAAAACUUGUUAAAAAGCUUCUGAAUCGGACCCUCUUAGCGAAUUCUCGCUGCUGAUUUCGACAAUUCCGGCGUUUUCGGAGUUCUAAAUGCGUUUUCAUUUUAAUCCAGAUUUUUUUGAAAAAGUAUUACCUUUAGUCGAGUUGAAACUUCUUAAAAUUCGUAUUCUGGCAGAAAAUAAUGAUAUUUGACGUCUUUCAGACAUUAUAACUUGGCUAAAAUCAUGAAUAACUACAAAAAAUAUUUUUGGUUUCAAUCCAAAUGUUCCUAAUUAACGCCUUAGUUAAACUUCAGCACUUUUGCAAAAAUGGUUGUGAAUGAAAACCCCGGAUUUUUCAGUUUCAUUCGGACCGUUUGGCGGCCGCGAUUUCUAGCUUGGCUGAGCUUGAAACGGUCAAAGAGUUCACGACCCCAGUCGAUUUGGAGUCGUUCCCUGAGUAUCCGAUGAUUAUCGAUUACCCCAUCGAUUUGUCGACAAUCAAGGAGCGGUUGAUCAAUCGAUUUUAUAGGUUUGGGUGGGGCUGAUCAAAUAAAAUAGAAUUUUGUGAUGAGGAGAGUUUUGAAAGAUUAUUUUUUCCACUUUCUCAAUUUUCUUGAGAAGAUUUCCAGUUUGAGGAAAAGCUCAACAAAAAGUUUCGGAAACAAGUUUUUCAGUUUUGGAAGAUUUUUCGGAUUUUUUUUUCAAAGUAUGAAAGCUUUAAACCUUUACCUGAUAUGAUACGGCCGUAAAAGUCUAGAAAUCAAUAUAAUAUUACCAUUUCCUCACCAUAAUUUUCCGAUAAGAAUAAUAAUACAAUUCAAGAGUUGAAAUAACUGCUAACAAAACCAACUUGCAAACGAGGAAAUAUAAAAAUUGAAAACAGAACAGUAAGUUCAAAAAUCAGAGGAAAUUUUAGGGAAUUUAGCGAAAAUAUGGGGAUUUUUUUCUAAAUAGGUUUUUAGAAUAUUCUAGAGCAAGCCGAAUAUAAGCGAGAUUUUCCCAUUCUUCCGACUUUCCAGAGGCAUGUUGGCUUUCCAUCGUGACGUCAGAGGGCUGGCCAUCGCCGCCGAGCAGUUCAACCAGUCUGGUUCUGUGAUCGUUCGGAAUGCAAGACAUGUCGUGGAGGCCCUCAUCCGAUUUUCUCGGUUCGAUUUUUUUCCCAUUCUCGGGCAGAUGUCUCAACGGGUGUACCCCUGUUGAUCCUGUCUGUUCUUGAGGCUAUUUAACCCUGAGCUAUGCUGAAACGGGAGAACAACGGGCGCAAGAAGAAAUAGGUGACACAGCAUAUUUUCUGGUGUUGGGAUAACCGUUACUUGUAACACUCUAGUGGAAUUUCAGUUUGCAGAAAAAAACGCCUUAAAAAGUUUCAAAAAGAUUGAGCUCCACCCACUUUUUUUUAGGCAUUUCUAGGUUUUCUUUCUUUAAAAAUACUCCUAUUCUUUGAAUGGAAGGUUUGAAGGGUCUUUCUGGAAAAAAAAAAGGAAAAACUACAUCUAAAUCAGAGGUUUUUCAGUAAGACUUUUUCUUUCGUUCACUUUUGAUUCUUCAUGAAAAUGCAUAGCACUUUUCUCAUUAUUUGAUUUUUGCAUGAAGUUGUUUUUUUUUCAGAGACACAAAGCUCAAUGACAUUAAGCAGCUGUACAUCUCUUCAUUUGACGAACCGCCGGAAAAUAUUGUCGAAUAUCGUUGGAAAAGGCCCGACCGCAUUUGUGAGUGACGGGGGGAGUUGAAAAACGGAACAUCGAAUUUAAAAGUACCGAAAAAGUGUUAGAAAAGUUGAAACGUCGGCUGGAUCCCACUCCGGGACUUCUCAUGAUAAAGGAUUUUCAGAAAAUUUGAUUCAAUAUAAUUUUUUGGUAUUUUCGAGUAAAUUUUGGGGAACUACACGUAAAACUGUCUAGAAAGUUUUUUUAUUUCCAGAUGAUGUAAUGAAGGUACUAGUGAUAGAAAAGGAAGAAGAAAGAUCAAAAAAAUCAUCAGAAACAGAAAUGAAGGUUUCAAAAAGUAUAGCUGAAGAAGUCACUUCGAAAAGACUUCUGCAUUCAGUAUCAAGAUUUUAAUACGAACUAUUACUUUUUUUACUCUUAGAAUUACAGUAAAAGAUGCUGGAAGACAAGAGAAGACUGUAAAAUUAAAGCAAAAUGAGGAAAAUUAAAAAAUUCAGAAUUUUCAAAAAAUGAUGAAAGUUUUUAAAAGCUGACGAAAAUUCAAUAUAAGCCCACAUUUAUGGUCUCAAAUGCUCAAAAAUCUUCUAUAGGGAAACUUAAAAUAACUUCAAAAUAAAUGUUGAGAAUUGGUAAGUUAGUAAAAAAACUUUUUUUGCUUAGAAUUUACGGUAAACCGAUACUGGGAAACAGGAAAAAGCUUGAAAGAAAACUGAAAAUUAUCAAAAAAUGACCAUUUUUCCAAAAAUUAGUUCUAAAAUCCGCUCUCCAGAUCCAAAUCGCUUAAGCAUCUUAAAAAAGCUUUUUUCCAGCUCGAGAACGGCUUGCAGCGGCAAUCGGCGAUGAUCCUGGAGCAUCUACGUCGACGUCUCGAAACCGUCUUCCCGGCUGGAUGAACGACGCCGCCAACGUCGUGCGGGAGAUCCUCCGCGAGCCCUGCGCUCAGAACUUCAUUCAGUCCUCCAACAUCACCGACGACGAUCUCUUCGAAGCUCUCCAGGAGACGUGCGACCUGUCGACCAUCCUGAGGAACCUAGAGAACGGCGCCGAGUUCAGAGAACCUCAGGACGUCCUCAGAGCCUUCUCCAGCAUGAUCACCGCCUGCAAGGAGCGCAAAGACGACACGAGAUCACCGGUGAGGGCUGCAGAUUUGAAAGAAAUCUUGGGGAUGUGUACCGAAUGUUGAGAACCUAAGAUUUCAGGCCUGUUAAGUGCAGAAAAAGUGUCUAGCGUACUAAAAUUUUAAAUAUUUCUUUGUGAAAAAUCCUGUUUUGCUAUUUCGAACAAACAAGAGCUACUCUGUAAAAAACAAAGAUUUUUGUUUUCAGAUCUACAAGGCGGCGUUAAGCCUCUCCAAUUUGUUCACCUCCAAAAUGCGUCACGUGACGGAUUCCUAUGAUCGACAAGUGAGCUCCUUCCGAAGAGACGUCCAGGCGCUCAACAACGGAAGCGGCAUGCAGCUGCGGAACAACGGCGCGAGACAAUCCGCGGCGCUUCAUCCAUAUCGAACCAGAAGGUCCAAAAUGGGUAUACGAGAAAAAAAGCUAUGAGUAUCGAGCCAGCAAAAAAAUUGCACGUGAAUAAGUUUCUGUGGAUCCUAGAAAGAAUAGUCGCUUGAAUUAUAAUAAUCAUUAACCAAAAGAGUGUACACCCAAUACUAUUUCCUAUGCCGCGAGCGAUAUCGCUUCGAUCUCGCGCUAUAGUCUGUUCAGAUUUUGAAUGUCAACCAGCUAACUCCGCCCCUGCUGAGACGGUACCUUUUCGCGUCGAUGUUUCAUCGCGCGGGACUAAUUUUGAUCUUUUUCGAUCUAAAAGAUAGAAAAAGAGGUCAAAAAAGCAGCCUUAUUAAAAGGCCAUUGGCAUAUGUAGAUAAAACAUUGACGCGAAAGAUAUUGUAGCCUUCGGGGUGGAGUUAGCUGCUUGACAUUCAAAAUCUGAACAGACUAUAUAUUGUUCUCUGAAAAAAAAUCUUCUCGAAACAUUUUUUUUUUGGUUCAGUUGAUCAAGAAGUGCAAAUAUAGCUGAAAAAAUGUUUUUACUUCAUGUUUAUGAGAAGAGAAUGUGUCGUACUCUUUGAGCAAAUCAUGGAUUCAAAUAAUGACUUUUUUUAUAAAGCACAUUUUGAAUUAAAUUUUUUAAUUUUUCAAUUAACACCACGAUGCCAUUACCAAUAUUUCACAAUUUCAUUAAAUUCGAUAGAUUUGAAGGCGGGAAAAAAAUAAAUUCAAAGAAAAUCGGUUCCAAUUUUCAAUUGUUUUUUUAGCAGAAAUAUUGAAUAAAAUUGAAUUUUUUUCAGAAUUCUGCUUCCAUAUUUCUUGAGAAGAAAUGAUUUUCACGCUAAGUUUAUCAGACUGUUAGAAUCGCAAAGGAAAAUUUUACAAAAUGAAUAUUUUGUGAAAUCAUGGGGCUGAUAUCGAAUAUACUGAAAAAUCGAUUUUGAACGGUCGAAUUUCAGAGCGGAGUUGACCCUGAUCGCCCAGGUCGCCGACGCAAUGCAUGGAGAACAAGGAGACGCGGAAGGACACCGAGAACGGCGACGAGUCUCCAGAAUCACCAACUAUCAGGAGUUGCUCAACGGGAACGACGACAGCGAAGAGGAGGUCAUGCCGACGAGCAGCUCCAGAAGGAGGAAUCCAGCUCCGAAUGCUGCUGUCGUUCCUCCGAGGAAUGAUCGGAGACAAGGUCAUUUCGGUAGGAACUUCGAUUUUUAUUUUUGUUCAUUUUAUAAAUCUUUUUCACAAAAAGAGGUGCAAAUUUUACUUAAGAGGUCACCAAAUUGCUCAGAAAUUUCCGUUUCACUGAGAUCUUUUGAGUGCCAUUUGAAAAAAUCUGAUUUUUUGAUAGUUUUCAAAGUGAUUUUUUCCUUAAGUCAUCACUUAUUAUCGCUAAAAGAACGCCAGAGUAGUCCCUAAAGAGGCGGGCUUAGAGGCCUUUCAAUGUCCCAUCUAGGGAGCAGUUCACCUACUGAAGCUAGCAAAAGUGGCCACUCUAGGAGAACAUGCUAGUGGUAGCUAGAGGGGCGACAUUUUCGAGAGAUUUCGUGACGUUAUUUGGGGCUAUUCUGAGAUUCAUUGAAAAUUUCUUCCAUUUCAAGCCGAAUGUUCCAGGAAUUUUCUCGUCCGGAGAUGAAGGAAGUGGGGCUUCGACGCAGAGUUCCUCAUCGACUGGCCGAAGACAGAACGGAAGAACCGAGGUGCCCCCGACGCGCCCGACUCGCUCCCGCCGACAAGAAGCCGCGUCGAGGGAGAUUCAGAACGAGCUGAUCGAAUUGGUGGAAGACCAGGAAGCGCAAAUUCAGACGAGCAGUGUGAGUUGUGCUGGGGAGAAAGAGUUACAGUAACCUUCAUUGGAAUACCGUACCCAGGGGAAGAAUUUGAAGCCAUUCAGUGCAGAAAAGCUGUGGUGUAAAUAUGAUUUUUUCGGACUUUUAAUCUUUCAAAAGUUGCUAUUUUCCCCUCCCGUUUCAGGGAAGAAUCAGCCGAAGAGUGCAAUUCAAUCAACCUGUGGCUGAUGAGUACGACGACGAGGAAUCUAGUGACUCGACGUCGGCUGAGGAUUCUGAUGACGACGAGGCGGUUGCGACGGUCGAUGAAGAGCAAGAAGAUGGUUGCUCUUUUCCAUGUGAAUGCUGAUUAUCCUCAACUUUUUGAAGACGAAGAUGAUGAAGAGGAGGAGGACGUCAACUCGGAGUCUUCAUCGUCGGUUUCUGGGUCGAGAAGGCCGCCGGUCAGGACGAGUAGGACCACCAGGACCAGUGGAAGGAAGAGGUUUGAUUGGAAGAAAAUGUUUUUUGAACGGCUUCGAUAUUGAAGUCUAUCGGUAUGAUAAGCUCAUAUGAGAUGAAACCCCGGUUUUGAAAUUCACCGUUCCGAACUGGAGUUGAAGAGGUUUUUUUUAAAUAAGAAAGACCAAAAAUUUUUUGGUUUUAUAAGACCCAUUUUCGAAAUAAUCGAAAAAAAGAUUAGAGUGACUAUAAUAGCUUUUAGAGCAAGAUUCACAGGGAUUUAUGGAGAAAAUUUUUUUCUUUUUUUCAAAUUUAUUAAAUUAAGUUUUUUUAAUAAAAAAAUUUUUAUAAAUCAAACAAGAUUACAGCGGAAAAAAACUUCUAGUCUUCCAUUGGAGUUUCGCUUAAACCUCGCUGAAGUACACUUUAAGGCUUCUAGAAUUCGAAAAAAGACAAACAUAUCUCAUAUCUUGCCUUACUGUCCAGAUUUUUCUUCAGAAAGCCGGCCCGCAGACUUUCCGAAGAGGGAGAUUCCGACCGACGUCCCUCGCGUACCAAAAGACGGGUCAACUACGCGCAGAACGACGACGACGACGACGACGAAGACUUCCAACCGACGUCUUCUGUCAGCCAACGCGGAAGGGUCCGACGUCAGAGGCAUCGCCUAUAGAUCUUUUUAUCUUCUUAAUUAUUUUUUUACUAUCGAAGUUUUUUUAUAAUUAUGGUAAUAAUAAUAAUAAUAAGCAUCAAGCUGGAAAAAAAACAAUAUGAUAAAAAAAAAGUUACAGUUUUCGAUAGUUUUUUGGAGGAUAAUGCGUUCUGUCCUCUUAAGAGAUCACUGAAUUGCUUAGAACCUUUCAUUUCACGAGCAGUGUCUGAGUAGCAUUUAAAAACUCUAAUUUUUUGGAAGCUCUCAGAAUCAUUAUGCCCUUAAGUGAUCACUAAUAAAGCGCUGAAAUUUACAAACUUAGGAAUACCAGAGUGGUCCAUAUAUCUUUAAUAUAGGGACCACCUAAAUUUUUUCCUUCUAAAGAGCAUUAUUUUGUCCCCUAUAGGGGCUGUUUUUCUAUCCUCUCUAGAAAUCACUCUGGCGUUCCUAAGCAGGCACUUUCUGUAGGUGUCUCAGUAAGAUUUCGAAUGAUUUCAAGCUCGUUGGACGAUUCUGUCCACUCAAGUGAACACUUCAAACAAACGCGUUUAAAAUACUUAAGUGUUCACUAAAUGAUUCAAAACGCUGAUCGCGUCGCUUUUUUAUUUUUAUUUUGAAGUUAGGAACUUUUUUUUUCUUUUUUCAUCUGUUUAUACAUUGUUUUUUUUUUUCGCUUUCCCAGAAAAAUUUACGUAUUCGUGUUGAUUUGACGGUUCUUUUUUUUCCAAAUGUAAUUUAAUCUCAAAGAUUUUGUUAGAAAGAUUUUUAAUCCUUUAUUUUUGCCUUUACCAAAGUUUUCGGCUAUUUUAUUUCAUUUUUCUCGCUUUUUUGGAUUGCAAAAACAUUUUUACCUCGAAAUUUUUCUUUCAUUCAUCGAAAUCUCACGGAUUUUCUGUUCUUUCUCUACUACUUGUUAUUUGGAUUUUUUUUCACUUUAAUCUUUUUUUACUCGAAGUAUUUGUCUAUGUAUGGUCUAAUGUGUGAUUGUAUUUAUGCAGUGAUAAAAUAUUUUUUUGAAUCGAAAAAUUCUCAGAAAUUGAUUUGGUUUUGAAGGCGUUCUUAGCGCUUCUAAUAUCUUUGGAAAAAAACUUGAAAAAGAAAAAUAAAUUUCAACUUUCCAGAUAUAUUCAAAUUCGAGAAAAAGGAAGUUAUGUACGCCGAUUUGAAGCCGGGUUCGUUUUUCAAGUUUUUGAGAUCUGUUGGAGAUCUUCACAGAGAGUAUCUGUAGAAUUUGCUGAUAAAUAAGUUUUUUUCUUUUUAAAGUGUUCUCAUUCUAAGUAGGACAAUGAAUUUUCAUUUUCAAGCAACGUUAAGUUAAAGUUAGGUAAUAAACUAUUAAAUGUAUUUAGAUUAUUCUGGAAAGCAGUCUUAAAUUCAAAAAGUUCUAUCUAACUGCAAAAGACCUCUUCGAGGACAUUCCAUGAUACAAUAGAAAACUUAAUUUUUAAAGUGUAAUCGACGUUUCUAAAAUAUACCUAAAUUGAGAUAAAAAAAUAAAACUUUCACAAAAGUUUCAUGAAUAAAAAGAUAAUAUUCUCAGAAAACUGAAAACAGUUGUCAAAGUAUACGGGAAUAAAGACAAAAAUAAAAAUUCGGCUCAUUUUCAGUUCGACUAGAACCGUACGGCGACGGAACAAACGAUGGAAACCCGACCACAUUUCCAUACUUCACCUCGCCUCAGGACUACCACACGAUGGCCUCCACCUCUGGGCUCCAUCAUCACCAGAACCUCCAGGACCAUCACCAGCAAAUCCCCCAAUAUCAUCAUCAACAAGCCGUGGCGCCGCAGUUCGUCGCCUCCCCGUCUCAAGCCUAUCACCAUCCCAGCUUCGAAUCCCAUCUGUCCACCUUGCUGUCGUCGCCCAGGGCUUCCGCAGCCCAGCCGAUGAUGUCGGCGACCCCCGUCGCCGCCUGUCUCCCGCCCAGAAGAGAGCCCGCGGCGGAGUCCACGAUGCAUCUCGCCGUCGGUCCUGAUAACGACGACGAGGAGAUCAACGUCGAGAUCUUGAGGCAAUGGAUGCCCAUGACGUGGGUCGAGAGGUCUUCCGAUGAUGCCGGUUAGUCAAAGAAAGAGGCAAAGAGUGUUGUUUCAGUGUAGAACUUCGGAAUCAUCAAACCAUUGAAACUUUUUUUAUCUUGAAAAUCGUAUCACUUGAAGAGUUUUUUCAAUUACUCUGAAAAUGGUAAAAAGUCCUAAGCUUUGAAAAUUUCUGAACUUAUAAAAUUGUUCAAAAAAAUGUUGAAAUCAGGUCAUUGGAAGAAAAAAAAAGUUGUAUUUUGAGAUUUCGGGAAUUUCAUUUAAACAAAAAAAUAUAAAGGAAAAUAUAAGCCCAACCCAAGAAGAAUUCUAAAAUUUACCGAAAAUUUUGUCCAAACGCAGCCCACAAAUUGGGGAAAAACGUUUCCUCUAAUCAGAGGUUUGCUUUUUCAGGGGCUUUUGAAAGUCUCUCCAAAACGAAAAACCUGUUUCAUGUAGGCUUGAUAUUCCAAAAUACGAUUAGUUCAAAAAAUCGUGAAAUUUCCAGACCUCCACUUCGUCUGUCUCUGGGGCCAGUGCGUCGAAACUUCGAACGAUCGGGACAUUUUCGUCGAUCAUCUACACGCCCAUUGCGAGUUUCUGAUCGCCGAGACGGAUUUGUUGGACGGAGGUUUCGAAAUGACGGAACAUUGAUUCGAAUUCAAAGAGCGUUUUUCAGAAGAAAAAGAGUUUAAAUGUCGGAUACGGGGCUGCCAAAAAGUCACAUCUACCGCCUACGAACUCCAAACGCACCUGACUAUGCACAUCUUCCAGGUUAUCAUUUUAUUACACGUUCAAAAACUUAGCAUGAUUUUAAAAAAGGUAAAUUUGGAAAAUUGAUGAACUGAAUUUUUGUGGAAAUUUUUUUGAAGCUUCUUGUUAAAUUUAUUAAGCUUUCGAGGAUGUUUUUCCCGAUUCAGUGAGAAAUAAAAUAUAAUUUUUUGCUUUGACACUUCUUAAUCAACUCGUGUUGUUUUUGGCGCAGUUCACAGGCUUUAUCGGCUUUUUGAAUCUUCGAGGGUAGAAAAAGUACCGAAAGCUAGAUUUCAACGAUUUUCUUUGAAUGUUUUUUUUUACUUUUUUUCUUUAGAUCAUUUCAAUAUUUUUCAGGCUGAUUGUCAAUAUACAGGUAGCCGAGUGUUGGCGGAAAAACCUGAGCUCAGAAAUAUUGAAUGGUAAGGAUUUCCAUUCAUUCGUCGAAGAUAACUUGAGAAGCCAAAAGAUCGCCACGACUCUUUCUCUGACCUACACUAUUUCGUCGUUUUCACGCAGCCAGAUAGCGACGAAAUAGUUGUGGCGAUCUUCUGGCACUCAUGUCAGAGAAUUCGCUGAAAAAUGUUCUUUUGUGCUUUGCGGUUUCAGAUGAAAAGUUAAAGUUUCAAAAAAUUGAAGAAAUAGUACUCUUCUAGUGUUUUUCAAUUAAAAAUAGAAGUGAUUUUUGAAUAAUUUUCAGUUGCGGAUUCGACCCUUUGACAAACUUGCACUACGACGGCGAGGUGCUGAUUUGCCAGUGGUACGGCUGCGGGGUGAGUCACUUUUCAGAAACUGUGAUUCGAAUCGAGUUAUCGGAAAUGAUGAUUUUUUAUCCAUAUUUCAAAGUUUUCAGUGACCUUUUCACUUUCGUUUUUUUUUUGUCAGUUUCAUUUUUUGUUUCAGAGAUUUUAAGUUUUGAAAGGAGAAAUUAAAUUUGGUUUUUAUGGCUAUUCUGCCACGUCCAGCUUUUCACACGUAAAUUUUUUUCGAAAAAUAUAGGGUCCUUGUAUUAUUUUGUAGAUUAAAAAAAAUCUAAGAAAACAAUUUGUUAUUGGAGAACUGUUUUUCGAGAAUUAUAAAGUUUUGCGUGGUUUUUUUAAAAAUAUGUAUAUAUAAUUUAUUGCAUUUUUCAGCGGCCGUUCUCAUCGGUUCCACAACUUUUCGAUCACGUCACACAGCAUAUCGAUCUGUUGAACGAGAAGGAUCGAAUGGACCGAGCAACGGAAGGUCUCUUUUCACCCAAAACCUCACGAAAAACUAAUUUCGAAAAUCCAAACUGUCUAUGUUUUUAGUAGUUCGUAAAAUGGUUUCUUUUUUGAAUUAUUUCGUUCUGAAAUUUCUGAAACAAUUUUUGGUUCAGAGAGUUUUUUAAAAAAGAGCUCCAAGAAACUUCGAAAACUUUCAUUUAUCAUAGGUAUAAACAAUACGUUAAAAGGCUAAUUUCUGUUUUUGAGGGUUUUUAUCACAAUGUUUUCAAAGUUAUCAUUUUUCAAGUGUUGAAACUAGGAUUCUACUAAGUUGAAACUUUCUGAGACAAUUUCAAAGAAAGAUGAAAAAUUUUUUAUCCGCUUUCGAGCUGAUUUUUGAUAAUUUUCAUUCAAAUUUUCUGUUUUCGCACUUGUAAAACUCACUAAAACAUCUAUCAGUGUGAACUUGAUGAAUAGGAGAAACAGGAAAGGAAAUGUUUUUUUCCAGGUGGUGAUAUUCGCUUGGUUUACGCGUGUCAAUGGGGCACUUGCCAUCUGUCGUUCGAGCAUCGAGGGACUUUGAGGUGAAAAUCUGCUCGUUUCAGAGGAGAAAGUCUUGUUUUCUGUUUCUGGCUCCUGUUUUAAUGCUUCGCGUCAAAUAAAUACGGUUUUCUCAUAUUAAAAGGCUCAAAUAAGUUAGAAUAUCUUCUUGGUGUUCACUUUUAUCGAUUAAAGAAAAGGUAUAAAACUUUUCCGCUUCAUAAACCAAAAUUUAAAAUUUAAAAAAAUUGGUUGUUUUUUUUUCGAAAAGAAGACGAUUUUUUUGUUCUUGGCUUCUUUUCAUAUGAUUUUCGCUAAAUAAUCACGGUUCCCUGAGAUUAUCAAGCUUGAAAAAGUUGAAAAAUAGGUAAAAUAGUAAAAAAUGAAGUUUUUGUUGUUUUCUUUUUCAAUUUUUUUCCUCAACCUUCACUUUUGUCCGUAUUCCCUCAUAGAAAAAGUUUUGGAACACUUUCCAGUUCAGAAACCAAAAUAAAGGGGCAAAUGGCAAAUCUUUCCAUGCUUCAGAAGACACGUACGGCAUCACAGCGGCGACAAAUGUCUGGCCUGUCCCUUUUGCGCGAGAUUUUUCUCCCGAAAGGACAAAUUGUACGAACAUGUGACCAGGAGAGCUGUCUGUACCGAUGGAUCCGAUUUGGUGAGUUUUUUCUUUCCUGGAGAAGCUUUGAAAUAUUUUUUUACGCUAGGUUAUCACUUUUUGAGAGGAAUAAUUAGAAUAAUACAUGUUCAAAAUAAUUUUCGGCGUUUUUCAAUUGUUUUUAUACACUUAAAAUUUUCGAUUUUUCAUAUUACUCUCCCCUUUAUUUUAGAUUCUCAGCUUUUUAUUGAAUUUUUGCUCACUUUCAUGAAGGAAUGUUCUGGGAAAAUGUUUAGUGGGCUCUUGAGUGUUUUGUCGUCUCAGUGGCCAUUAUAGUAGCCUGAUUAGAAGCCACUUGAUUGGCUGAAAUUCACCGCCUUUUUGGAAUUUCAAGUGUAACUACUAGACUGUUCAAAUUUUUAGGAGCUUUUAUUAAAGUGGUUUUACCUCUUAAGUGGCCACUAGAGGUUUUCCCAGUAGUUUGGGAGUCAACGGAAUAACUUCCUUUUUAAAUAAUUGAAAAUAAAUUGCGUUUAAGUGUAUAAAAAGCUAUUUCGAAGAUUUUGGUGUGUCUAGUAUCAUUUUAACAAAUUACAAACAAAAAGUUCUUUUUUAACAGAAAAAAAAUGAAUUCCGAAGUUUUUAGGUCUGUAAACUGUGCCAGAAGCGUUUCGUGAACGAAAGAGCCCUGGGACUUCAUGUCACGAGACAUUUGGCCAGUCUGCAGUGUCCUUUGUGUGGAUUGGCGGUCACUUGCCGCACGGAUUUGCACAGGUUUUCCAUUCGAAAUGAAUAAAUUGGAGUCAAGAAUCGUUUUCCAGACAUUUAAUGCUCAAACAUUCGAGUAGGUCGAAGGAUUUCAAGUGCGAAAACUGCACGAAGUGGUUUUAUUCGGAGGUUUUUUUGGAGCCCGAAGAACUUGUUUGAUUUUCGUUUAUAGUCUGAACUGAACCGACACUCGGCCGUCCACUCGGAAAGUCAGUACAAAUGCGACGUUUGCAAGGAGAAAUUCCGCUGGAAAAAGCAGCUGGUCCAGCACAAAAAGUCGCACGACGAAGUGGUUUGCAAAUUAUUUUCUUUUGAUUAGCGAGAAAAAGAAAUAUAAACCGUAUUACUGUUUCAAUUCUUAAAUUUUUUCAAAUUUUUUCAUUUUCAUGAGAUUUUCUUUGAAUAAGUGGCCCCUAUAGGGGAGCAUGAUAUUGGUCCCAUACAGGUCUUUUCUUUCUUUUUUUUCACAUCCUUACGUAAAAGUUAAAAAAAAACACUAGAAUGGCCACUUGAACUUGAGAGGUUCAAGAGUAAAGUUUUUUUAGGAACCUCAAAGUGGGCACUCUAGGGGAGUAUGUUCGUCUUUAACUUUGAAGUCAAAAAAAAGUUUAAAAAAACCACUAUAGAGACCACUUGUCCUUUAGAGACUGAGGAGUCACACUUUCAACUCCCAUGAGGUCCCCCUGAAGUUCAGCCCUCUAGGGAGAUUUUAAACCAAAAAGUUUUGAAAUCGCAGAAAUUACUGUACACUGGAAAAAAAUGCGAAAAGAAGUCAUUUAUCUAAACCGAAAUUUCGCGGAACAAGUGCCUAAUUUGAAAUUUUACAGAUGAUUUUUAAGAUAUUUAUUUCUGUUUCAGAACUACAACCCGAGUCCCUUCAUCUGUCACGUGUGUGACCGAAACUACACGACGGGCUUCAGUUUGACGCGGCAUCUGAUUAAAAUGCACAAGUGCCCGAUUCCAGAAGGGUUCAGUAGGUUUGUGAUAGGGGUUUUGAAAAAAAAAAGAUUUUUCUACAACGAAAAAUCAAAAGUCUGAAAAUCGACACUUUUUCUAGCUAAACGUGGACAAAGAUGUCUUUUUCGAUUUCUAGCUCCUAUAUUUGAAGUGUUCGAUCAAAAAAGUUACUACUGGUGAGCUUCUAGGAAAGCAAUGUCUUCAGAUUUUUACGAUACACGGCGUUUUAAAAAGGGUGGACGUGAAGAGAAAAACUGGCAGGCGAUAAAAUGUGCCCUGAUGAAAAAGUUCUAACGGCGGAGUACGGUAGGAGGAAGCAAGUUCGCGCCAGCGUACACUUCUUAUCAGAUAAUUAUUAAUUUUUCAGUUCACUUUUUCUUUUUUUUCACUUAAUUUCGUUGUUUUUAGAUCUUUUUGCUCCAUUUUUUCUCCACAGUUGUUAAUAUCUGAGACGAACAUUUUUCGAUGAACACGAUUUUUCUUGUUCCCGAUUUCGCGAAGUUUUCAGUUUUCGCAAAUCGUCUAAAAUUUGGACCUUAGCCUUUUACUGCAACUUGUUUUGUGUUUUUAAAUUGUUCUCCAUCGUUUGAUUGAUAGUUCACCGUGAAACAUUUUUCAAAAAGACUACUUUUUUUAGUGAUUUAAUGACGAAAAAAACAGGUUUUUUUCGAGAAAAAGCUCUAAUUUCUCUAUUUCAAUCUUUAUUCGAAAAAAACUCUCUUUGAUUUUUAUCUUAUUCUCCAUUGUUUGAUCAACAGUUCACCGUAGUAAUUUUUCAGAAAAAAGCGAGUUUUCAAGAUUUUGGAGCAAAAAACAGAUUUUUCGAAAAAUCGCUAAUUUUUCACUCUUCAUAAGCUUCUAUAAUUUUUUUGGGUUUCCUCUCGUUCCCCGUCAUGAGAUGAACAUUUCCACGUACAAUAUUCUCAGGAAAGAAAAGUUUUACAGAGUUUACCAGUCAAAAACAUUUACACGCGCACGUAAAUCUACGCGGAGAAACGUCUCCUAAAACUGCGCGACAGUUGCGCUAAGCCGCGCCCACUAGCCACCCUCUGCAGCCUUUUUAAAACGCCGUGGAUAAGAAAAAGUUUAAAAAAUGAAUCAUGUUGUUGUCAAUGGAGCACACUUGGAAUCGAAAAAAAAAAGCCUAUUUGACUUGAUUUUUAUAUUUUUCUAGUUUUUUUUUCUUAAAACUGCUUCGAAGCUAUUUUUCGUUGGAAGUUGAAGGACUUUAGACAAAAAAAAUUCGAUGAAAAGAUCAAUUUUCUCAGGUUCCAAUACAAAAAGUGCUCAGACGGCAUGAUGCGACUGCAAACCAAAAAACUAUACAAAUUGGAAUGA